UUUACAAAUCAUUUUGAACAUUCUUUCCAGUGUGCUUUCUAAAACGAAACGUCAAAAGUGAGCAAUGUUUUGAUUCGUCGUAGAAAAAAAAAUCGUGUGAUUUUGCUGCGUGAAAAAGGAUUUCAAUCGAUUUUUCACUUGGACGGAGGAAAGGCGUCACCUCUCCGGGAUGUCCUUGAUGAGAUUGUGCGGCUCGGUCGGAGCCCAGUGGAUGUUGCUGAAGCCCACCGCAUCGGGGCUUUCCACCAGCAAGACCAUCGUCGUCGCCAGUAGGAAUCUUUUCUCCGGACCCGGAUCGGGAACGUUACGGAUCGCGGGUAGUAAUGCGCCGGUUCUGAUAGUACGGCACCCCGGGACGAACCAGUACGACCGACGUCGCGACGGAAACGGGUGGAGAAGAGGCUACAAAAAUUUUGGCCACAAGCCAGAAGGCGAACCAUUAGCAACGAAACUUUUCUGUGCCUUCCUGGGUGCGAUGGUUGUUGGAGUCUGUGUCGAUUGGAAGAAACUGGGAAAAGCCCUCGGAUUUCCGAAAGUUGAUGCCGAUGCCGGGAUGAAUGCGGAAAUGAGCGAUUCAAAGGCAGAGCAGUUGGAAAGCGGGGAAGAUUCCGACGGAGACGACGAGGACGAACAGGGGAAAAAGAAGCCCCGUAAGGAAAAGAUUGGUUUCCGGGAUCGCAAGAUCAUCGAGUACGAAAACCGCAUCCGUCAGUACUCGACGCCGGACAAGGUGUUUCGAUACUUUGCCACCAUCCAGGCGCCCCAAGGGGACACCGUCGAGGUGUUCAUGACUCCGAUCGACUUUCUCACAAGCAUGACGCCGGGAAUGAAGCAACCCGAUGGUCUCGGAUUGGAUCAGUACAAGCGAUACGACGCAAGGAGUGUUUCGACCCGACUCGAUUUACACCUGGACAGUGACAGCAUUUUCUACAAGCUGGGAGCGUACGGACUGAUUUCCUUUUCCGACUACAUCUUCCUGUUGACGGUGCUAUCAACCUCUCGCCGCCAUUUCGAAAUUGCCUUCCGAAUGUUUGACCUCAACGGUGAUGGAGACGUCGACAGUGAGGAGUUCGAGAAGGUUGCCAACCUGAUUCGCCAGCAGACGAGCAUCGGCAAUCGCCACCGAGAUCAUGCCAAUACAGGAAAUACUUUUAAGGGUGUAAAUUCGGCGCUUACGACUUACUUUUUCGGGCCCAAAAAUGACGAAAAGUUAACCAUUGAAAAGUUUUUGGACUUCCAACAGCAGCUUCAGCGGGAAAUCCUAACGCUGGAGUUCAUGCGUAAGAACCCGGACGAAAACGGUAACAUAAGUGAGGCGGACUUCGCCGAACUGAUGCUUGCUUACGCUGGCUAUCCGCAGAAAAAGAAAAUCAAGAAGAUCAAGCGCGUCAAGAAAAGGUUCCGUGACCAUGGUGCUGGUGUGUCAAAGGAAGAUUAUCUCAAUUUCUUCCACUUUUUGAACAACAUUAACGACGUCGAUACUGCUCUAACGUUCUACCACAUAGCCGGUGCGUCCAUUGAUCAGGCCACCCUCAAACACGUGGCCAGGACGGUAGCAAUGGUAGAGUUGACCGAUCACGUCAUUGACGUUGUGUUUACCAUUUUCGACGAGAACAUGGACGGUCAGUUGAGCAACCGGGAAUUUGUAGCAGUGAUGAAGAAUCGGUUACUUCGUGGCCUGGAAAAACCGAAAGAUACCGGGUUUGUCAAGUUGAUGCACUCGAUUCUCAAAUGUGCCAAAGAUACCAAACCCGUAUUGCUGGAUUUGUAAGUAUGACCAACCGAUGCGGUGUAGGGAAUGCUUCUGUGUACACGUGCGCAAGGGUGACGGAUAGCGUCUCUAAUCGUGGCUGGCGGAAGUGUAAGCUGUUAGCACAAAAUCUGACAUGGAAUGCUCGUUCUCGUAUUUCAACAAUGGAAAAGAAAAUCGCAACCUAAGCUUUCGUAAAUAAGCUAAUGUUAUAGACGAUCUUUUUGCCUUCUAAUAGAAAUCUUAAAAUUUAUUGUAUAUUGUAUGUGUCUACAGACAGUUUUGUUUUGUUGCAUUCUUUCCGAAUAGUAUAACUAUCGCUCUCUACAACACUCCUGCCUAAUGUUACCAAUCACUUUUUAUCCUGUAAAUUUGUAUUAAAUGUUUGUUUUCCAUA